ACGGGGGCAGGAGGAUGCCGGGCCCACGUGGCCAGCCUAACGGACUUCGGCGGGGUGGGCGACGGGGUGACCUCCAACACGGCGGCCUUUGCGGCGGCCGUGGCCAACCUCAGUAAGGUGGCGUACGACGGCGGCGCGAUGCUGGUGGUGCCGGCCGGUCGGUGGCUCACCGGGCCCUUCAACCUCGCCGACCACUUCACCCUCUUCCUCGACCACGACGCCGUCAUCCUCGCCACUCAGGAUAUCAACGAGUGGCCGAUCAUUGACCCUUUGCCCUCCUACGGUAGAGGAAGAGAUGCGGUUGGGGGUAGAUACAGUAAUCUCAUCAUGGGAUAUAACCUAACCGAUGUGGUCAUAACAGGGAAUAAUGGAACUAUCGAUGGACAAGGUGAAACCUGGUGGAAAAUGUUCCGUAACAAAGAACUCAAUUACACUCGUGGAUACCUCAUUGAAUUGAUGUACUGCAAACAAGUGCUGAUUUCCAACAUUACAUUGGUUAACUCUCCAUCGUGGAAUGUCCAUCCAGUGUACAGCAGCCACGUAAUCGUCUCAGGCAUCACAAUUCUUGCACCGGUCAACUCUCCCAACACUGAUGGGAUCGAUCCAGACUCAUCCUCCAAUGUCCGCAUUGAGGACUGCUACAUAGUCUCAGGCGAUGACUGCAUCGCCAUUAAAAGCGGUUGGGAUGAGUACGGGAUUGCAUUCAACAUGUCAAGCAAACACAUAGUGAUCAGACGGCUCACCUGCAUCUCCCCCACGAGCGCUGUCAUCGCCCUGGGAAGCGAGAUGUCGGGAGGAAUCCAAGAUGUCCGGGCCGAAGACAUCACGGCCAUCCACUCCGAAUCCGGCGUCAGGAUCAAGACGACCAUCGGAAGGGGAGCUUACGUGAAGGACAUAUUCGUGAGAAGAAUGAAUCUGCACACAAUGAAGUGGGUCUUCUGGAUGACGGGCACCUACGGGCAGCACCCGGACGACAAAUUUGAUCCGAAAGCCAUUCCGGUGGUGCAGAAUAUCAGUUACAGCAACGUGGUGGCCGAGAACGUGACCAUGGCCGCGAAGCUGGAGGGGAUUCCCGGCGCGCCCUUCACCGGAAUAUGCAUCUACAAUGUGACGGCGGAGGUGGUGAAGUCGAAGAAGCCGAUUUGGAACUGCACCGACGUGGAGGGCGUAUCGAGUCACGUGACGCCCACUCCCUGUGCGCAGAUUCCGGAAUAUCCAGAUCGUAUAACGCAUUGCCCCUUCCCUGAAGAUGAUCUACCUGUGAAUGGUGUUGGGCUAGAGGAGUGUGCUUAUCAGAGAGCCAAACCAUGA